UCUGGACUGUAGAGGCGGCAGCGAGCUAGAGCCCGCGUCUCAGCUCCCGGCCGCAGAGAAGCUGGGCGAACCCGAGCGCAGGAGGACACCUGGCCCAGGCACGGCGGGCAGCUCUGCGCGCGGCUGAUGCUAUGAGGACAGAUUCAUCAGAAAUGACUGAUGUGGAAGCUGUGGUCAACAAUUUUGCAUCUUCAGCAAGGACAGGCCGCCGGAAUGCUAUCGCAGACAUCCAGGGUCCCACUGAGUCAGGUGGAACUUCAGAGCUGCCCCUCAAACUGCAGGCCCUCUCCGUCAAAGAAGAUGUAAAAAAGAAAGACGAAGAAACAACACAAAACCAAUUGGAAAAGCCCCUAAAUGAAGGAAAAUGAAGGCUUAUAACCUAUCAAAAGUGCUGAAUUUCUGCAAGUUGAAAGACUUUAGUGGUUCUGCUUUCCUGAGAUGUUUGAUCUGGUUGUAACUAUGGUAACAUUGCAGCCCUAAGCAACGUGUGUGUAUUAGAUAAUUUUGUUGUGAUGCUAAUCACUUGGAUCACAACCAUGAUGUCCCAUGUAGGUUAUUAAAAGGCAGCUUACCUUCAAAUUGUACCCAAGGAAAAGGUUAAAAAUGUAUGGUCACUUAAAUACUUAUCAUUGUCUAUAAACUCAACAAAAUCUACUGUUCUCUUUUGGAUUUAUUUAGCCAGAUGUGUUCUUAAUUCUGUUUUUUAUGAUAGUGGAUAAAACAUUUCUCAGUAACUAUAAACCAAACAUCAUUAACUUAAAACUUUGUGAAAUUUGUAGGAAAUUAUUCUUUUUGUGUGUGUUUUGUUUUAUUUUAUGGUAAAAAAGAAUAAUAGGUCAAAACCACAAGGAUAGAAUGUUUGCUUUUAACCAUUUUUUUGGUCCCAAACCCUAAAAUGAUUUGGGGAAAAAAUUGUAAAAGCUUGACAAGCUAAACCUCUCUAGGAUGUUUUUGUCUGGUAUACAUUGUUUCUAGUCUGUACAUACUGUGAUUUUUCAUGUGGACUCUUAAAAUGCAAAAUUGUGACAAAUAGUUUAUAUGUAACAUGCCUAGUAAAUGAAUUUCACUAUCUUCCUUAACUUUGGUGUGUGUAUGUGUAUGUUUUUCUUUAAUGUGAAUUAUGUAAAACACCUUAUUAGUUGCUUUACACUGUCUAUUCUUAUUCUUAAGGCUUUGUGUAUAUAUGACUUGUUUUUAAAAUAAUUUUCUCAGGAAUGCAGACCUUAAUUUUUAUAUCUUUUCCUAAAGUAGGUAACAUAAGAGUAGGCACUACAAUAUUUGGUGACUGAUAUAGGUAGAAAUAACAAAAUACUUGCUUUUAAUAUAUAUUUAAGUACAUAUUUUAAAAUAAACAAGCCCAAAACCAAAGCCUUAGC